UCCGUGACAUUGGUCUCAAAAACGAAGAAAGUUUAAACACAAGUGCGGUUUAUGUAUAUGCUGGUCUGUUGUGCUGCGAUUCUGAAAAAAAAUCUAUUAAUUCUUAAAUACUUUUUAAGACUGGAACUGGAAGUUAUUUAGUUGCAUUUUACUAUUUUCUAAUUACGAACAAUAUGGAGGAAGGUCACCCCCAAGAUGCCUAUGAAUUGGGUCGGGCUGCAGUUACCAAGUUAAAGGAACACGAUGAACAAUUGUCCCUUCAACUUCCCAAGGCACUCAAAGCCUUGUUUUCUGACACAGAAUUUCAGGAUGCCAUUAUGGUCUCCGGAGUGACCAACCAGCGUCAAAGACUGACCCCCAUUGCCUCCUACCAAGUCGCCAGCUCUGUGUCCAGUAGCAGUAGUGGCAGUAGUAGGCCAACAACUGUAACUGCAAAUCGCAUGAUAACCCGUACGGCUCGACGGGGACGGCAACGUUACAUUUCCUCCACAUCGUCGCCAACGCCAAGCAAGACGUCUCUUCAGCACACUUCAGAUACUGCAGGUUCCGUUACACAAUCAUCGAUACAAGAAAUAGCAUUGGAGUAUGUGGAUGACGAGAGAGCAGAAAAAGUUGUGGCCGAGGAUCGGAUAAAACCUGUAAAAAAGCGAAAAACUGUAAAAAGGAAUCAAGAAUUAGAGACUGGAUCUCAAACACAGACGCCAAAUCCUACUGUUAUUCCACAAAUCGAAGGUGACCCAGUUGAAACAAUUAAUGACGGCAACACAGUUGACUAUGAGGACAAAAACUGCCUUUGCUGUGAUGAACUUUUGAAUUGUCCAAAAGAAGCAAUGUCAAAGGAAUCAACCAAAACUAGUGAUGCGAACCCCCCAAAUAAUUUGUUCCUUCGUGAUUUAUUGUGGUUAUCCUUAGGAAUGCAAAAAUUUUAUGAUAGAACUUCACUCUCGUUUCCAUUCUGUGAAAAUUGUUCACUGAAGAUUCGGAAACUUUACGAUAUUUGCAAGCAGGUUGAGCAGUUGGAGGUGGAAUUUAACGAAAUUAGAGUCUCUCUUUGUGAAGGGAUAGUUUCAAAUCAUUUUAAAAUGACCAAAGCUGCUGCUGCAUCUGGUCAACAAGUUCAGUUGAAGUCUAAGGUGCUAAAACGGAUUGAGAAAGAGGUUUCAGAAGUACUUCCAGGAAGCCAAUUACUAAAGCAAGUUUCUAGAUUUGUAGACAGUAAAUCUCAAACCAAUGCGGAUGAUCAAUCAAAUGUUGAUGAAAGCAUUGGACCAGUCGAAACUUCGCCCUCGAUUGAAUGUAGAAUAUGCGAUAAAACGUUUACUUCUCAAGCAGCAAUUAGGUCACAUGAGAGGAUUCAUAAAUCAAAAGGACAAUUUGGCUGCAAUGUUUGUGGCAAAACUUUUAUUACCAAUCGAAACCUCAUUUACCACACUAAAAUUCACAAAGAAAAAUCCCACAAAUGCCAAUUUUGUGAUAAAAAAUUUUCAUGUAGUGGAAAUCUGAAAGAUCACAUCCGACGACAUGUUGGAUUUCGACCUUUUCAAUGCACCAUUUGCUUGGAGAGAUAUUUUGUGAUGAAACACGUUCGAGCUCAUUUUCUAAAGCGACAUCCGGAUAUGAAUGUUGCAAAGAAUGUUAAAAAGAUUUUGCAGCACAAUUCGUCGGCAAUUUAGUUGAAACUCAUUUUACUUUGGAUGGGGACGGGAUUGAUUUCCAACCACCAUGUGUCCACAAGAUUAACAUCGGAGCGUGACACCAUCAAAAGUGAAACGGGAUUCAUGUAAUAUGCGAUUUUUUAUGGUAUGCUUAAUUAAAUUAAUGUAAAAAAUGUAUCUAAAAAAUAUAUUUCUUGUAUAAAUUCAUUUAUUCUUGAUUUAAAAACGAGGAUAAAAAUAAAUGAUUUGUUUUGUGGAGUUAGGUACAAUUUGUCACGACGCCCGUGUGUUUAUACCUAACUUACAUAUUUGUUAAACUAUCUUUUUCUGUCUGUGUCUUAUCAAAGUUAA